UUUUGAUCCCCUUUUUAAGUUUUGGAGACAGAAAGUUCAGCUUUUAAUACGAAAUAGACCUUCGCAGUGGCAGGAUACGCAUUUCAGUUAAGGGGUGUGUUGGGGGGGGUGCUGGGAUGGAACUUGAGCAUCUUAGGGAAGCGCUCCUCCGCCGACCUAUAUCUCCCAACGCAAGAGUAAAGUAUCUUUUAUUUCGAGGUAAUGUCUUCUUGUAGCUCAGGCUGACCUCGACUUCAUUAUGUAGUCUCAGGGUGGCCUUGAACUCACGGUCAUCCUACCUGUGUCUCCCGAGGGCUGGGCUUAAAGGCGUGCACCACCACUCGUGGCUGUGAUGAAGGUGUGACAGCCUUGCCUGUAGUGUAAUUUAACAGGGAGAGCAGAAGUGUGGCAUCACGCGGCCCACCUCGUAUUUCUGAGGAGUUGCAGCUGGAUGCAAGAGCCUUGUGAUGGGAAGCGUGGUUACGCUAGGCCCAUGGUAACAGACCGGAAGUGUCUUCAUUUACACUUUUGUCUAACUGAUCGGACCUACACCGAGGCUAGAAACAGAUACUGGUCCCAGCAGGUUUGACUGGAUAGACUACUGUGUAUGAAGUCCCGGGACCUGGAAAGCUUGAGGGAUAGGAUCCCGCGAGAAGUUUUUCACGUGAAGGGUGCUGAGGAACCCCGAGGCCUACUUUCCAGGACCAUGGCGGACUCGAGGCUGCUGGUACCAGAGCUGAGCGAGGCAGAGACAAUGGGUGAUGAGACAGCGCUGUUCGAGGAGCUACUGCUGCAGGCUUCCAAGGAGCUCCAGCAAUCCCAGACAGCCAGCUCAGAAUCUACACAGAUCCAGCCUCAGCCUGGUUUCUGCAUAAAGACCAAUUCAUCAGAAGGGAAGGUUUUCAUCAACAUCUGCCACUCGUCCUCCAUCCCUCCCCCUGCGGAUGUGACCGAGGAAGAGCUACUUCAGAUGCUGGAGGAGGACCAAGCUGGCUUCCGCAUCCCCAUGAGUCUGGGAGAGCCACAUGCCGAACUGGAUGCAAAAGGCCAGGGUUGUACCGCCUAUGACGUGGCAGUCAACAGUGACUUCUACCGGAGGAUGCAGAACAGCGAUUUCUUGCGUGAGCUCGUGAUCACCAUUGCCAGGGAGGGCCUUGAGGACAAAUAUGGCUUGCAGCUGAAUCCUGAAUGGCGCAUGUUGAAGAACCGGGCUUUCUUGGGCUCCAUCUCACAGCAAAAUAUCCGUUCCCGGCAGCGCCCUCGCAUCCAGGAGAUGGGAACCCUGAAUGACCCCCUUACAGCUGAGAAAGGCCCAGAGAAGCCGCAUCUGAACCUUUGGCUGGAAGCUCCUGAUCUGCUCUUGGCUGAAGUUGACCUCCCCAAGCUGGAUGGAGCCCAUGGGCUUUCGCUGGAACUUGGUGAAAACCGUCUGGUGGUGGGGGGUCCUCAGCGGCUGUAUCAACUGGAUGUUGCCGUCCCCCUACGGAUCAACACUGAGGAGAGCAGGGCGGCCUUCCACCGCAAGAGAAGGCAACUCAUGGUGGCCCUGCCCCUUCUGUCAGUGCCUUCUUGAUCAAGUGUCCCCUUGAGCUUCUAUAUAUGGACAAAAAGUUGAUUUCUUCUCCAAAAGUGAAAUAAAAGAUUUUCAUGUUUU